AUGGAAGAAGGCGAGCGCGGAGGACGGAUGUCGUUGUCCGCGUCACGCGGGAGGCCACAAGGAUGGGUCUUGACGAUGAUUGGGCGCCCGAAAUGCGUCGACGUUGAACAGGGCGGUGCUCAUCAGCGCGGCACGCACCAUGCGGAUCCGCAAGAGCGCCUCCCGCCUCCUAGGCUCUGCCUACUCCGCCUCCGCUGCCCCGCCCGUUGGUGCGGCGCCUCCGUUCGACCUGCUGCCGCCGGCGGCGGCGCGGCGGCGGCGCACCUUGCGCCGUGCUCCGCGCCCGAAUCCAGCGGCGGGCCCGGCUUCUCGGGCCCCUCUGCUUCCUCUGCGGAGCCCUGCGAGCUCAGCCGCUCGCCAUGGGACCUCAUCGCCGAGCUCUCCCUCCCCGACCCACAGGUGGAGGAUGACAUCGUGGACAAGUACUUCGUCCAUGUCACGACCCGCUCGAGCUGGCUCUUCUCAGCCACCAUGCCAGCCGCCUCCUCCGCCAAGAAGAAGAAGAACCUGCAGGCUGCAGCUGGCGGGGAUAACACGAAGCUGCGUCGUGACACUGUGAAGAAGCCUGCAAUGAGUAAGGAGAAGGAGGGCGAGGCCAAUAAGAAGGCAAAGGUCAAGAAAGAGGAGGGGCAGAAUGUGGGAGCACGGGUCUGGCUGUGCAAGAAGAACGACGGCAAACGGUGGCACUGCAACCGGCCAGUGAGCCAACCCGACACCCUCUGUGAGUACCAUUUCGUGCAGAAGCGCUCCUACUUAAACCCCGAUUUUGAGUCUCCCUCUGUGGCAAAAUUGGAGGAGACAGCGCCAGUGCUGGUGCCAGUGCCAGCAGCUGCCUCCAAGUCCUCCACACGCAACAAGCCGAGGAAGAAGCAGCCUGGCAGUGACCUCAGUGCGACUGAGGGCUUCUACUACUAUGCUGGGUUCGGCCCAUUCCGGUCCAAGAGGCAGUGUAGAAGCGGCGGCAUGAACGGACCUGUGCCUGCAAAGCAAGAAGAAGAUGAGGAUCACGCAAAAGAUGAUGCUUCUCCGAGUCAGCAGCAGGCUGAAGUUGAUGAGGGUCAUGAUGAUGAUACCAAUCAGACUGCGACUGCAACCCGUGGUGAUGCAUCUAGCUGCGAAGAUGACACAGCAGGGAUUGCCGGCGUCGAUGAGGGGAGCAGCAGCGAUGACGACUUUGAUGGACUUGGUAUCUCUGGCCACAGCAUGAAUGGAAAUGGUGAUCCCAAAGCUAGCAAUGGUGAUGGCAAGAGGAAGAUCGCGUGGAAGCGGUGGAGGAAGCCCGUGAAGGCGCGGUCGCUCAAGUCCUUGAUGUAA